GACACAAUUACCCACCUUUGUCCACCUGUCAACGGCUGAACGCAUACGACACAUUUUCCGUUACACCCAACACUAGGGGUCUUUAGCGAAGCCCUGUCCUAAAUUAUUUUCCUAAAAUCGCGCCAUAUGGAUAUAUAAAGAGUUUGAACUCUUUUUAGGACAUGCGAGGAGUUGUAUUUUUGACGCUGCUUGCCUCGAUGGCAACUUGUUCAGGAGCGGAGUACAAAGUGGUGUGUUACUACACUAACUGGGCCCAGUACAGACCGGAGCCAUGGAAGUACUACCCGGAGGACAUUGACCCCGCCCUCUGUACUCACGUCAUCUACGCCUUCGCCAAGAUGGUGAACUACCAACUCGCGCCGUUCGAAUGGAACGACGACAACACAGACUGGAGCACGGGGAUGUAUGAAAGGUUCAUGACCAGGCUAAGUGAAGCUAACGGUCCCACUCCCAAGAGCCUCCUCGCGAUUGGCGGAUGGAACUUCGGCACUCAGCCCUUCAAGGACAUGACGUCAUCAGCAGCCAAUAGGAGGACGUUUAUACAAUCGUCCAUCCCGUAUUUAAGGGAACGAGGCUUUGAUGGACUUGACCUAGACUGGGAGUAUCCUCACGCAGAAGACAGGGCAAACUUUGCACUUUUAGUCCAGGAACUGCGCGAGGCGUACGACGCUGAAGCCGUCCCGCCAGGGAAGGAGCGCCUCCUACUAAGCGCUGCUGUCUCUGCAGGCAAGACGCACAUAGAGGCGGGGUACGACAUCCCAACUCUCGCAAGGUAUCUAGACUUCAUCAACCUGAUGGCGUAUGAUUUCCGCGGCACGGGUGGGGACACGGGUACCGGGCACCACGGUCUGCUGCACGCGCUGCCGGCAGAGACGGGCGACGAUGCUACUCUCAACGCCGCCUGGGCAGCGGAGAGAUGGAUCAGUGGUGGUGCCUCUCCCUCUAAGUUGGUGCUGGGGAUGCCCCUGUACGGGAGGUCGUUCACCCUGGCAUCUCCCAGUAACACAGGGGUGAACGCACCAAUCAUAGGCCGGGGGCCAGCACAGACUUACACAAGAGAGGAUGGCAUCAUGUCCUACUAUGAGAUCUGUCAAAUGCUGAACACAGGAGGCAGAAGAGUGUGGAAUGAGGAGACAAAGUUACUGUAUGCCUACAAGGACAACCUAUGGGUGGGGUAUGAUGAUGAAACCUCAAUAAGAGCAAAGGUUGAAUGGCUGAGAAACAGAGGUCUGGGAGGAGCCAUGGUGUGGUCUCUGGACUUUGAUGACUUCCAGGGCACAACUUGUUCUGAGCAGCCCUACCCACUACUCACAGCUGUCAAUCAAGCGUUGCUAGGAUAUGCUCCUGAGGUGGUUACUAUGGCAACUGGAGCUCCUCCCACAUCUGAUGACUCCCUGAUUGUGAUCCUGCUGGUUGUGUUCCUGGUGAUUGUUCCACUGUUGGUGGCUGCUGUAGUGAGUUACUGGUUCAAGGCAGAGAUCAGGAAAAGGUGCCAAAAGCAUGCAGAAAAAUACAGAACAGAAAAUACCACAAGAAACUCUGACGACACUGGUACGAAGAUCGACGAAGAGUUUGUUUUACCAAUCCGCAAGAACCCGAGACAGCCUCCCACCCGCCCAUGCCCUCCCGACGUCAUCCUUACUGUCCAGCCGGAACAGCACAAGUUCAAGGACGCAGACAGCAUUUCCAACGCCAGCAAAUCCAGCGGAGGCCGCCGUCGACUUGACUUUGACAACAUGGAGAACGGAAGACGAGAAGCCUACCAAAAGACGACAGAAGUCAAAAUGGCCCAAAGCGGUCAAGUUUACACAAAGACAGUACCAUCCAACCCCCCUCCCAAACCCCCCGUUCCACCGGCAAAGCCACUGCGGGCCCUACCCCCUAAAUAUCCUCACAAUUCUAGAGGGGGGGCCCAUAACGUAGCACAUCCGAAGGGGCCAGGUACAGCAGUGGCCUACCCAGAUACCAUGCCUACAAAGGUAGCCAUCGGCUUCCCUAUGUACCAGUCCACACCUGUAGCACCCGGUGGCCCCCCUUCAAGACCCAUCAAUAUAACCCGUCCCAACCACCCUCCUCCAAAACCCCCUGCACGUCCUCCAAGGCCCCCUACCCGCUCCAUGAGUGCUGACUUAGUGGAAGUGGAUGUUGAUGACUCAGUGGCUUUUCAGAACUUGCAGUUGAAGUUUGGAAAUGACGAUCUCUACCACACACAGAUUGAGACUGAGAUUUGAGGCAAAGAGUAAACUGUGUGAAACAAAGUUUAUGUUCCCAAAAACUAUUUGUUGCUGUUGAUAUACAUGUAUUUUUUGCUUUAUUUGUGCAUGCGGAGCUAAAAAUUUUUACAAAAGCAUAUCUUUGCGAAGUUUUUUUUCCCACGCAAUCUAUUUUACAAUGCUGCAACUUUUGUAAAAGUGGCAAUUUUAACACAUUAGAUAAUUCAAAACCCUAAUUUGUAAAGAGUAAACUUUCAUAAAGAUGUGAAUAAUGGUAAAACUUGUAAAUGCUUUUCAAACAAUGGAUGAUUAAUUAAUGAUGCAAAUCAAAUGUACAGUACAUGUAUAUUUGUUGGAGAUAUAGCAAAACAGAGCUUUUAGAUGCUGCUAGAAGGGUGUAUAUUUUGAGUAUGUUGUAACAAAGGAGAAUGGGGUAAAAUGCUUCAUUGUGCCAUCAGAUUCUGCUUCCACCUAGUGUUGAGGUGAAUGUAAAUGCAACCAGAAAGUGAAAAAUGUUGUACUUAAUGUGGAAAAUGUGAUGAGAGAAUUAGAAAAAUGCUGCAUAAUUAUGCCUGCUUAUGGCCUGUGUAUAUAAUCUGUAUAUACUCUUGAAUAUGUUGCUAUAGAGCCAUAGACAAGCAAUUUAAGGGAUUUAUGUUGUUUUAUGGUAUCAGUAAUUAGAGGUCCUUAAAGCUUUAAGCAUGUCAUGAGAAGGCUCUAAGAGAAUA